CUCUCGUCUCAAUGCGAGGCGGCGGCGGCUUCUUCGAAGAUGUGGGCGAGGGCGAAGAUUUCGAGGAAAUUGACGAGGAGGAAGAAGAAUUCGACGAGGUUCGCGAGGAGGGAGAAGAGGUCGAGGAAAUUGACGAGGAGGGAGAGGUCUAUGAUGAUCUGGAGGAAUAUGAGGAUGCUAGACGUAUGGAGCGGGUGCAGGAGGAAUGGGAUGAGGAGGAGUUUGAUGAUGAGCUUUGAGAAGAGUGAGG